GUCUUGGAAUUACAGUACACUGGCUUCUAUCUCUCAGCUAUAAUUUUAGAUGCGCCUGAUUUCCUUCAAGGUUGAAGGGGAAUUCCACAAAUGUCGAAUCCUAAUCUUCGCUGUCAUAAAUCUCAUAAACAUUUAGUAGUGUGCCUAAAGCUAUCACAUGAUGCCUUAAUGACCAGCCAAUUCAUAUCCAUAUACUGGUUCCGGCCACGUACCAGGGUAUAAUUAUCAACCUCAUAUAGACGGAAGGCACUGACCGGGUCCAAGGUAGCCCGAGUUGCUCUUUUCUCUUCCAAAUUCUUCCUCCCAGGCCAGCAACGAUGUCUAUCAAGUAUGUGGGUUCCAGCAGCUACUGGCUGAACAUGCUCUCUCGCAUUCCUAACAAUAUUCGUAUGUUACUAUCUGACAGUCCACCGUCUAUACUCCAUCCAGUGUUCAAUGCCGCUCAGCCGUUUCCUCCACUCCCUGAUAUCAACAAGGACAGCAUUCGGACGCAGGUGUUUACACAUCGUUCAUAUUACGGACGCCCGAAUCAUGUAUUCGAGGACCAACCACAGGACCCGAGUCCAGACAAUGAAAAGUACGAGCAUCUAGGGGACACCGUGUUAGGUCUGGUCGUGACCGAGCUCCUCCUGGAGAUGUACCCCAACUUGCGCGUUGGGCCAUCUACGAAAAUCCGAGCCCUGGUCGUAGGCAACUCCACCCUUGCCGACGUCUCGCGCAUGUACGACCUACCAAGAAGACUGCGUCUGCAUCCUGCUCAGGCAAUUACCUUGCGCGCUUCCGUCAACAUUCAAGCCGACGUCUUCGAAUCCUACGUGGGCGGGCUCUAUCUCGAGCAGGACCUGCCGGGAGUCCAGCCCUGGUUGAAAGCCCUGUUUACGCCUUACGCGACUGAGGCUUACAAACGUGUGCGGGAGCAACAUCGUCUCCCGCCCAUUCCGACCACUGCUCUUGUCGCGCCUGAUUCAGUUCUGUCCUCACCCCCACCUUCGCCCCCUCACCCCCGCCCCUGCACUACCUCCACGACCAUAGGCCACCUCGCACUGUUCAAUCAGCAGCUCCAGAAGGCCAACAUGAUAGUCGAGUGGAUCUACGCAGACGGGACUGGUGAAGGCACGAAGACGACUCCAAUUUGGCUCGUCAGGUGCGAAGUAGAUGGGGAAGUUUACGGUCGCGGACAAGGUGGGACCAAGAAAGCCGCCCGAAACGAAGCUGCCAAGGAGGGUCUGAAGAAGAUGGGCAUCGAAGUCUGACAAUGGCUGAGGCGGGCUUUCAGCACCGUCUCUCCAGACUUGCGCUGGCUGGAGAUCUAUUCUUCUAUUGGUAGCAUCUUCGGCCUGCGCCAGUGUGUAGAGGUUGUGUAUGAGACGUUGCGUCAAUGAACGUGAAUUGCUUCUCAAUCGUCUCGAUUUCUUGAUUUUGGGUUUUCGCACUAUCCAGUUUUAUGAAAGGGGCUGGAUCGAACGAGUGUCCAUACAUAUAUGUGCGAGAUGGUCUACUAUUAGUUUAUCGUCUUGUACUUUGCUGCAGAAAUUUUUCAUCAAUGUUAUCGUGCUUUCGACUUUUGAUAACUUAUGACUUACCUGAUACAUUAUCUGUAGAGGAA